CAAGGUUCACAAUGAUGUUAUAAUGCUCUAAAACCCAAGCUUCUUGUUAUAGUCUCUGGUGCUCUGUUUGAGGAUCUUUCACUCUUUCAUAGCUAAACUGAAGCAGAGUCUCUGUGUAACUUAAAAUGGGAAGAACACCAUGUUGUUCAAAGGAGGGUUUGCAGAGAGGUCCAUGGACUACCAUAGAAGACACAUUGCUCAUUCAAUACAUCCAGUCUCAUGGUGAAGGUCAUUGGAUGUCUCUGCCAAAGAAAGCAGGGCUUCUUCGAUGUGGGAAAAGUUGCAGGCUGAGAUGGAUGAACUAUCUCCGACCAGGUAUAAAGAGAGGUAACAUAACUCCUGAUGAGGAAGACCUUAUUGUGAGGCUUCAUUCACUUCUGGGAAAUCGAUGGUCUCUAAUUGCUGGAAGACUCCCCGGUCGAACCGAUAAUGAGAUCAAGAACUACUGGAAUACCAACCGCAGCAAAAGGCUCAACAACGCUGGUAGUACUGAAAGAGGUGUAUCUAGUGUUGAAGGACAACUCAAGAAGGAUGACCGAGGCUGUGUAGCAAAGGUUAAGGUUCAUCAACCAAAGGCCAUUCGAGUUUCUGCAAACUCAAUCAUAAGAAACAAUAACAUCUUAGCUGAAUUGGGUCAUCAUGAUGCAGAGGUUUCUAAUGAUCUUCAUGAUCAUAAACAUUUUGGAGAGGCCUUGGUUUGCGAAAAUGUGAUGGAUUUUGAUGUUUUUAUUCAAGGGUACGAGGAAUAUCAGCAGCAGCUUCUCAAGGCAGAUCAAGAUCUCGAUGGUGUUCAUUUGGAUUCUUUUGUUGACUCCUUGUUGAUUUAA